AUGGCGUCGCAAUUGCAGACAGCUACCCCGGAAUCGGACUGGAAAUCCGACGUUUCAGCCGACGGUUUCGACGAAUCUACAUUCUUCCUGCGCCGUUGCUGCUGCGUGUGGACUUUCCCUUGCUACGGCACGCCCAAAACCAAAAAUUGGGAGCGCAUUUCGACAUCGGAGACCGAAGAUGUCGCUGGCGACCGGAGUUGGUGGAGCGAUGGAGUGGAGGCGUUUAAGAAGGUGAGGGAAUGGUCGGAGCUAGUGGCGGGGCCGAAGUGGAAGACGUUCAUCAGGCGGUUCAACAAGGCGCCGGCGCGGCCGAAGUCGGGGAAAUUCCAGUACGAUCCUUGUAGCUACGCGUUGAAUUUCGAUCAAGGACCGGGGCAAAACGGUCAAUUCGAGGACGACGGUGUUUUCCGAGACUUUCCGUCGCGGUAUGCGGCGAUCCCGGCGCAGAACAGCCUAUUGAAUGACGGUGCGCCGCUCACGUGA